ACCCAAGGGAAAGGAGAUUUUCUUAGAGAGCUUGAAGCAGUUCAGACAAUUUUGGUUUGUCAUUUAAUUUAUCAUAAUAACUCUAUAUUUUCUGCAUUUUAUUAUAUAUACAUAUAUAUUUUCUGCAUUUUGAAUUUUCGUUAAACCACAAGAUCAUUUGCUACUAGAUAUUCCAACGGUUGAGAUUGUAAUAUGCCUGUAUUUUUGAGUGCCAAUUUAGCGCAAGACAUAGCCUUGCCAAGGAAUGUUCCUAGUAGUGAUAAGGAACCUGAACAUGAAAUUGAACACUCAGAGGUCACUGAAAUCAUUCCAAAAUGUUGUGAAUUUGAUAAUCAAAUUAAUUUGCUUAGUGAAGCAUAUCACUUGGUAUAUGGAGGUCCAAUAAAUUUGUUGUAUGAUUCCACUGAUUUAACAGAAAUUAAGACCCCUAUGAAUAAUACAGUGCUACAUAUUGCAGCUUUGCAUGGCAAUGAUGAAAUUGUGACACUUAUAAUUGAACAUGCUCCAAAACUUUUGUUCAAAUUUAACAAAAACAAUGAUAGUGUCUUACAUGUUGCUGCAAGAGGUGGACACAUCUCAACCGUUCAAAAACUAUUAGCAACUUAUGCUAAUUUUGAACGGCAUGAUAUAAAAAUGGCAUGGUUAGAAUACACUAAAAAUGUGGAUGAUUUAGAAGACUAUGAUGGUAUGUCAAAUAUGUUAGAAUUUGUGAGAAAGGAGAAUGCUCAAGGAAACACUAUGUUACAUGAGGCUAUGUUAUGUGGCAACAAGUACAUUGGCAGGGACAUGAUUUUGGAAGUCUGUGAACUUCACAAAACUAAAGACAAGUGUUGCUAUGAAUAUGCAUUAGAUAUUGUUAACGAUGAAAAGCAAUCGGUACUUUACCUUGCGGUUGAAAAUGAGGAUGAGGGUGCAGUUAAACUAAUCUUGGAGAAAUGCCCUGAGAAUGAUGAUAAGCCUGAGGGAUUAUCACCUGUUGUAGCUGCAAUCAUGAAGCGCAAUCAAGAAAUGUUGAGGAUCAUACUAAAAAAGAAGCCAACUUGGAUACAUUUAAUGGACACAUAUAAAAGGCUUCCUCUUCAUUAUGCAUCAGCUAUAGGUUUCCUUCAAGGUAUUGAUUUAUUACUUGACAUAUGUAAAUGUUGCACAAUUCAAAGGGACAAAUAUGGUUAUUUCCCAAUUCAUCUAGCUUCUCAAGGAGGCUAUGUAGAAGUAGUGAAGAAGCUGUUAGAAUACUGCCCCGAUCCGACAGAAAUGCUUGACACUUCUCAUGAACGUAAUAUUCUUCACAUUGCAUCAAACUACGGAAAACAUGAGAUGGUACGUUACAUAUUAGAAUGUGAUCAAAUUCGUGAACUUGAUAAGAAUCAUAAGAUGAUAAAUCAAAAGGAUAGUGAAGGAAAUACUCCUUUGCAUCUAGCUGCGAAAUCGUGUCAUUCCAAAACCAUAUUUUACUUAACAUGGGAUAAAAGAGUGAAGGUUAAUGUUAUUAACCAAAACAACGAAACAGCUCUUGACGUUGUUAAUGCAAUUUCUCAACUCAGUUAUUCGUCUACGAGACAGCAACUUACAUAUAUUGCACUGAAUUCUGCUGGUGCGAAACCAAGUUUUAGAAGAUUAGCCCUCCAUGAUAAAAUGAGACAAAGCGACUCCACAGACUCGCCAAAUUUGAAGCAGGGUAAUGAGAAGGUCUCUAGCUCUGAACAACAUAAAGGACAAAGUGAGUCAAAUUCGAAUGAGAGUAUUGAAAAUGUCUCCAACAACACUGCACAAUAUUUUUUUCGGACAGGGUCCAACACAUAUUAUAAAGACAGGGUAGACACACUGAUAUUGGUUUCAACCCUUAUAAUCACUGCAUCAGUAGCAGCAUGUUUCGCAGUUCCGGGUGAAGCAGAUGGAAAAGCACACAACCUAUAUCAUGCAAUGUUCCAAUUGUUCAUCUUCUUCAUCACAAUAUCAUUGUUCAGUUCCAUUAGUUCCACUAUCAUACUCAUUUGGGCAACACUUGGAUUAACUCAAUUGGCAACUUUUUCUCUCAAUAUUGUUGCGCCACUUCUUGGAAUUGCUCUCAUUUCAUUAACUUUGGCUUUCAUGACUGGUCUCUACACUGUUAUCAGUAAACUUACUUGGCUGGCCAAUCUCUUUCUGGUUGUGACUGCGAUUUUUGUUGUGCUUGUGAUUCUAUUGUAUAUCAUCCUUUUCCUCCCUACAUCAUCAACUAGAAAGUCAUUGAGAUACAUUUCCUACUACCCCUUUCUUUUCCUAGCAUGGCUCGCAGAGUAAAUUCGAUCCUAUGUAACUUCAGCUGUUGAGAACCUUUCUAUACACUAGAAGGCAACAAUAACAAAUCGUGUGUGUCGUGUGAUAUGUAAGGAAGAUAUUCAAGAUUACUCAAAUGUUCUAAACAUUCCAAGAUUGGCAGAGAUGAAUCAAGAACUGUAAUAAAUGUUUACUAGAGGAAAAUUGUGCAACAUUUUUUAUGUUUAGGUAGAAAUGCAAUGUUUAUGUUGUGAAUUCGUCUAUAAAAUCACACCAAUAAAAGAA